GGCCGCGCAGCCCCUCGCCUCGGGAUUCGCGGGCGCCGCCAGCGCGGGGCUGCUGCUCGGGCAGGCCAGCCCCGCCACUGGCGCCGCGGUGCAGCGGUCCAAUGCCGUCUUCGCGAGACUGCGGGGCGCGCAGACACCCGCCGCGGACUUGGUCGAGGCCCUGCGGCAGCUGGCAGCGGUCGGCCGGGAGGCCAACCCCGAGGACCUCGAGAUGGUGGCCGCUCGGCCGCAGCUGCGGCAGCUGCUCUCCGCACUGGCGCAGAAGCUCCCGCGGGACACCGCCGAGCAGUCUGCCUGGGAGCCGGCGUGGACGGCCGAGGUCGUGGCCGCACUGCGCGACCUGAGGCUCACGGGCGCGGACCCGCAGCUGUGCACGCGAUUAGGCCACACCAUCGUGCAGGCGGCGCCAGGCCUGCAGCUGGACGCCCUGCUCCACGCAGUCUGCGACCUCUGCGGCGUGGCCGCCGGAGGUGCCGCCCUGGACGGCGCCGCGGGCUCGCUGGACUCCCCGCGCGCUCCGGACGACUACGCGCUGUGGGUGCUGGGCUCGCGCUUGGAGCGGCUAUGCGGGAGCCAUGCACCCGGUGAGCUGCCCACGAGGCAGCUGGUGCACCUGCUGCACCUCUUCGCCCACCCUGCCGUGAUGUGGCGGGCGCCGGCCCGGACCUCGGAGGUCGUGCUGAGGCACGUGAGGCACGGGCUACCCGACUGCGGGGUGGGCGAGCUGGCGAAUCUGCUGCAGGCCUACGGCGACUCGCCCGCCGUGGCCGCGGAGGUGCUGGCAGAGGUGGGCCGAGGGGCCGCCGAGCGGCUCAAAGGCGCGGGCAUGGCGGAGCUCACGGCCGUGGCGUCGGCGCUGCCCGGCCAGGCGGAGGUGCCAGCUGGGCUGACGGCGGCAGUGCUGACCAGGCUGGCGUCGGUCGUGGCCGAGGGCCCCGCCGCCUCGCUGGACUUGGCCAUCGCCGCGCUCUCGGGUGCAGCGGAGGCACCAGUGCACGCCGACGCGGAGGCCGCGGCCGUCGCGCGGGCGGCGCUCCGCAGGGCCCUGAGCACCGUGGGCGCCCGCGCGACCGCUGCGGGCGGGGGCGAGCUCGACGCGUGGGCGCCUGCCGCCGCGCAGUCGCUGGUGCCGCGCAUGGAGGAGCUGUCCACGCUGUCGCUCGUCCAGCUUGCCGCCUCACUCGCGGCGGUGGGCGGCGACGCCUCCGCGGCCCCGAGGUUCGGAGACGCGGGCCCGGCCCUGUUCGAGGCUAUCCAGACCGUGGCGAUAUCCCGCGCGCCGGCGCUGGCGGUGCAGGACUUGGCGGCCGUCGCCUCCGCGCUGGCCGCCGCCGGGGUGCUCGAUCGAGGUCUCCUGGAGGCCUUCGACGUGGAGGCCGCGCUGGCCAGGCCCCUGGAGCCCGCCACGGCUGCGGAGCUAGCAUGGGCCAUGGCCGUCGCGAAGCUGGAGAGCCCCACGGCGUGGGCCCUCGCGGCGCUGCAGUUGGAGGGCCCAGGGUGGCUCGAAGCAGGCGCGGGCUCCAAGUCCAGGUUCUACGAGGCGAUACGCUCGUGCCAGGUCGUCCGGGGCGCCCAGUGGAGGCCUGGCAGCGCUGCCGCGGAGGCACUGGAGGCCUCCUCCUGGCGAGAGUGCUGGGCCGCCCAGCGCAGCUCGGGGUGGGCGCCCUCGGCACUCGACGGCACGGUGUCAUCACUGCUGGAGGCGCUGGGAGAGGACUUCCAGCCCGCCGCGGAGGGCAGCGACGGCCUGUACGUCAUGCCCUUCUUCUCCGAGCGCAAGAGCGUCGUCAUCGACCACCUGUCCGUGCCCGCGAGGCACGCCGUCUCGCAGGAGGCGCGGGGCGACCUGAGCCUUAGGCACCAGGUGUGGUCGGCGACCGGCCACAGCGUGCUGGGCAUCCCGGACACGACCUGGGCGCAGCUGGCCGCCCGGGUGCCCGAGCCGGAGCCCGCCGCGGAGGGCCAGUCCAGCGCGGAGGCGGCCGCCGAGCGGGAGGCCGCGGUGCGCGCGGUCCAGGCCGAGUGGCUCCGCGGCAGGCUCGAGGGGCUCCGCCGAAAGGACCUGCUGAUGGAGGCCGAUUUGCAGGACGACGUGCUGGACCUCGUGCGAGACCUCCCCGUGGGCGACGGCGGCCUCAAUGUGGACGCGCUGCGGGCGCUGGCCGACCGGCCUGGCGAGGUGAGGAAACGCGCGGUGCGGGUCUUCCAGAAGACCUUCGAGGAGGACCGCGUGAAGAGCCCGUCCGGGUGGAUGAUCGGCAUCAUCAAGCGAGAGGCGGCGGCCUACGCCGAAGAGCAGAAGAAGGCAGAGGAGCGGAAGGAGGCCUCGGCCGGGACCAGGCCCGAUCAGGGCUGGAGCCGGCCCACGGGCAAGCCCCUGGAGGAGGUGAAGCUCGGCGAGCGGCUGAGAGGAGUGGUGACCAACGAGCUGCUGGGCAGGGUCUGGGUCAAUGCGGGCCACACCCACGACGUGACGUUCCGCACGAAGGCCGACCGCUUCAAGGUGGACUACCGGCUCACCAACCUCAAGGUGGUGUCCAUCGACCUGAGCAGGAAGCGGAUCGAGGUGGAGGAGACGAGGCAGACCAAGGCCAUCCCGCCAGGGACAGCGAAGAAGUCCAAGGCCAGCGACAGGCUCCUGGAGCCUGGCCACCUGGACGCCCGGCCGCCCGGCGGCGCAAGGACGUCCAACCGCCAGGGCCCCGCCGCGGCCGGCGGCGCCGCGAAGACCAGCAGGCAGGGCCCCGCCGCGGCCGGCGCCGACGCCCCAGCCUGGCGCGAGGCGGCGGCGCCGCGGCCAGCGGCUGGCUGGCAGCGCCGCGGCAGGCCCUUGGCCGAGCUGGUGGUCGGCGAGGCGGCCGCCGGCCGCGUGACGAACGUGCUCCACAAUCCGGACGGCCAACAAAGGCAGCCUCGGUGUCCGAUGAUGGCGGAUUUGGAAAGUUCAUCCCUACACCCCCCUCAUACGCCAGACCAGAUCACCGACGAUAUCAUCUUUCCAGUCCCGGCGAUAUUACUCGAUUCUGGCCUCUGGGGCCCAGUGUCGGGCCCCGGGACCAUGAGAAACGCAUCUGGGACGAAAAGCGAUCUCCGGCGGAAGGGUGGGAACGCCUCGGGAAGCGCAUUGAAACAAUAUCGAUUGAUGCUUGGGAAGGCGCGCGAACGUUUACAGUGCUAUACAAAGCAGUGCUUCCACAAGCGCUGAUCAUGCACAAGAUCAGAACUCAGAUUGGCACAGAAUGUUUCCUUGUGUAGUGUGGUCGUCCACUCGUUGCGCGGACGUCCACAGCGAGUGAAUACCUCAUCAAGGAUUUGCGGCGUUGUUCGCCCGCGGCGUUCUCUGGGCAUCCGGAGGCUUCUCGUCGCCACGCCGGGAUUCCCCUCGCGAUUCUAAGCAGAAGGCACCCUCCCGAGUCGACUGGGAGGCGGUUUUUAAUUGGCAUGAGCUUUCGGAGGUCUGAGCGGAUUCCUUUGGGUCUGCGCUGG